AUGGAUAAAAAGUCCUCCGAAGAUCUUGAUCGGGUCGCGCCCCUUGACCGUACCCCCUCAGUUAGCAAGGGGUCCAUCAUCGACGCGGACGACAGGCGUCUUCGCGCUCAGGGACACAAAGCCGAACUCGAGAGAUCUUUCUCCUGGUUGGGUGCACUUUCUCUGGCUUACAGUAUCUCGAACUCGUGGCUCACAUACGCUUCGUCCUUUGGCCUCGUGCUCAUCUACGGAGGCGACGUCACUACUUUGUUUGCCCUCCUUAUCGCCGCUGCCGCUCAGUGGAUCGUCUUCCUCGGCUUGGCUGAACUAUGCUCCGCGUUUCCGUCUUCUGGUGGCCAAUACCACUUUACGUAUAUCAUCGCGUCGCCUAAAACGCGUAACUUUGGCGCCUAUGUCACAGGGUCGAUCAAUAUCCUUGCGUGGUGGAUCACCACAUGCUCGGGUCUGAUCUAUACAGCCAUUUCUGCCUUUGGGUGCGCUGCGGCAUGGUUUCCUGAUUUCGCACAACAGAGAUAUCAAGUCUAUCUCUGUUACCUGGGUGUGACUGUGCUAUCGCUGAUCCCGAUUUAUACGAUCAAGCAGCGAUAUCUCGACUUCAUGACCGAAUCGACUACGGGCUUCUCCCUCAUUGGAAUGGUACUCACCAUUGCAGUAUGCUUAGGCAUGGCUGAUGGAGAUUACGCCCCGGGUACAAUUUUACUCGAGAACCGUGGCAUCAGCGGCUGGAAUACUGGUACAGGCUGGCUCCUCUCCAUUGCUGCUGCCCUAUACUGCUUCGCUGCAAAUGGUGCUGUUACACAUAUCGCCGAGGAGUUGCCUAACCCAGGCCGCAAGCUUCCUCAGGUCCUGAAUAUGAGUAUGGUCAUGGGUAUUGUCAUUGUUAUCCCGUGGACCGUUGCCAUGCUCUUUUCCAUCAAGGACAUGUCCGCCGUCCAGAGCUCCUUUCUCCCAAGCUUUGAAGUCUUUUACCAAGCCACUGGGAGCAAGGCUGCUGCCACUGGUCUGCAAGCUUACCUAACGUUCCUUUACUAUACGUGCAUCCCAAGCCAGUGGGUGACCUGCAGCCGCAUCACCUGGGCAUUUGCUCGCGACCAAGGACUUCCUUUCGCUGAAUACUGGCAGCAUAUUGAUCCUAAGCGAGGUAUUCCCUGGAGAACGACUCUUCUUUCAGCUGCAUUCUGUGCUCUCUACGGCUUGAUCUACGUCGCCAGCACAACAGCGUUCAACUCAAUCAUCAACGCAACCUGCCUGAUGCUGAAUCUCUCAUACGUUAUCCCCCAGGGAGUCUUGCUUACACAAGGCCGCGAUAAGCUGCAAAAGCGUGCUUUCAGUCUUGGUAAGUUUGGUUAUGUAGUAAAUCUGUACUCGGUCGUGUUUAUGAUUGUCAUUGGUGUUGUGUUCUGCCUUCCGCAGACCAACCCAACAACUGCGGGCUCCAUGAACUACAAUGCACCCGUCGUUGUUGGUCUCUUCACGAUCGUUUGCCUUCUGUGGAUUGAGCGACGAUCUAAGUUCAAUGGCCCUCACAUCGAUUGGGACUUACUCAACGAAGCUCACGAAGAGGAAUGA